AUCACGCGGGAGCUGAUCCGGAAGCGCGCGGAGCACAACGAGGGCGUCAUCAGCACGCUCGAGGAGCUGACGCUGCACCAGGAGGAGCUCCUCGCGAUCGCGCCGUGCCUCGGCACGAUCUGCCGGAAAUUGAAGAUCCUGUACCUCCAGAACAACAUCAUCUCGAAGAUGGAGAAUUUGCACCACAUGAAGGAUUUGGAGUACCUCAAUCUGGCGCUGAACAACAUCUCGAAGGUCGAGGGUUUGGACAAGUGCGAGUUCCUGAACAAGUUGGACCUGACGGUGAACUUCGUGGACGUCGACGCGUUGGAGGAAUCCAUGGACAACCUGGCGAGCCGGAUUCAUCUUCGGGACCUCUACAUGAUGGGCAACCCGGCCCAGGUCGACUGGCCGGGCUUCAAGAAUUACGUCGUCGCGCGGCUGCCGCAGCUGAAAUUCGUCGACGGCGAACCGAUCACGCGCGGCGUCCGCAUCGUCGCGGAGCAGCAGCUGCCCAAGCUCAGCGUCGAGCUGCGGGGCCUGGCGGCGGCCAAGGCCGCGGAAAAAAAGGCCAAGGCGCCCGUGGACUACCGCGACCUCGACGUCGACGAGGCCGCGCCCUACACGCCGGAGGUCCGCACGAAAAUGUACGAGGAGGUCGCGGAGCAGAAGGCCGAGAAGGACCACAAGCAGAACGCCAUGAAGCCCAAGGAGCGCGACUACGAGAAGGAGCAGGCCAAGGCCGUCGCCAAGGCCCGGGAGCGGGAGGAGCGCGGCGCGAUCCAGCAGUGCAACCAGGGCAAGUGGGAGUUCCACUGGGACGAGGAGUCGAAGCCCGGCUUCGUGGUCCUGGACGUCCACGUCCAGCGCCACCUCGACUCGUCGCUGAUCGAUUUGGACGUGCACCCGCACUACGUCUCCGUCGUCAUCAAGUCGAAGACGCUGCGCCUCGCGCUGCCCGCGGAGGUCAAAGCGUCGGACGCCAAGGCGCAGCGGUCGAAGACGACGGGCCACCUCGUCGUCACCAUGCCCAAG